AUGGCAGCUCCGAAGCGCCUGUUCCGAAACGUUGCUUCCCUCUCUUGCCGAUCCCACGAAGCCGGUCUCUUCCUCAGGGCGCGGAGAUCCGCCGUCAACCCCUUCUCGACACUUUCCUACCAGUCAAGAUACAGUCCCGAGCGCCAGGCCUCGAUCAGACUUGCUCCCUUCCACUGCCGUCACAAUUCCACUUCCACGAAGCCUCCCAAGCCUCUCACCGAUAGCAAACCUGCCACCCCGGAAGAAGAGGCAUACAACGAAGCCCGCCGUGCGGAGGAGCCUUCAUACCUGAUUACAUUCACGUGUAAGCCCUGUUCACAUCGCUCCGGCCAUCGGAUCUCCAAGCAUGGCUAUCACAAAGGGACGGUGCUCAUCAUGUGCCCGAACUGUCGCAACAAACACGUUAUCAGCGACCACCUGAAUAUAUUUAUGGAUACGAAGUCCACUCUUGAAGACAUCUUGGCGAAGCAAGGCCAGACGUUGAAGAAGGUUACAUUGGGAGAGGGAGACCUGGAACUGUGGCCGGAAGCGUCUGCAGCUGCAGAGGCCGAGGGGUCUCAGGGCAGUGAAAAGCCAUGA